CUCUCUCUCUUUUUUUUCCCUUUCCUCCCUUCCAAGAUGGCCGAAGUGGAUUCCCCCUCUUAACGAUUUGGCGUCUCCCUCGACCACCUCCUCUUUGUGCAGCAGCCCCCUGCUAAGACCCUGCUCGCGAGGGUGACACUUCCCAAGUCUCCUCAGUCCUAACCCCUGGCAUCAUGCAUCGGACCACACGGAUUAAAAUCACAGAGCUGAAUCCUCACCUCAUGUGUGCCCUCUGUGGGGGCUAUUUCAUCGACGCCACCACCAUUGUGGAGUGCUUGCAUUCCUUCUGCAAAACCUGCAUCGUGCGCUACUUGGAAACCAACAAAUAUUGCCCCAUGUGUGACGUCCAGGUCCAUAAAACCCGACCACUGCUGAGCAUCAGGUCGGACAAAACCCUCCAGGACAUUGUCUACAAGUUGGUGCCUGGGCUUUUUAAAGAUGAGAUGAAACGGCGACGGGACUUCUAUGCAGCGUACCCCCUGACGGAGGGUCCUCAGCCCCUUGCUCUAUCUCUGACCAACCCCUCUGAGCUGUCUCCCUCUACAGUCCCCAAUGGCUCCAACGAGGACCGUGGCGAGGUCCUAGAGCAGGAGAAGGGGGCUCUGGGCGAUGAUGAGAUUAUCAGUCUUUCCAUUGAGUUCUACGAAGGAGUCAGGGACCGAGAGGAGAAGAAGAGCCUCAUGGAGAAUGGGGAUGGGGACAAGGAGAAGACAGGGGUGCGUUUCCUGCGAUGUCCAGCAGCCAUGACGGUCAUGCACCUUGCAAAGUUCCUCCGCAACAAAAUGGAUGUACCCAGCAAGUACAAGGUGGAGAUCCUCUAUGAAGAUGAGCCCCUGAAGGAAUAUUACACCCUCAUGGACAUUGCCUACAUCUACCCCUGGCGGAGGAAUGGACCUCUCCCCCUGAAGUACCGUGUCCAGCCAGCCUGCAAGCGGCUCACCCUGCCCACAGUGCCCACUCCUUCAGAGGGUACCAACACCAGCGGAGCAUCAGAGUGUGAGUCAGUCAGCGACAAGGCUCCCAGCCCUGCCACCCUUCCGGCCACCUCCUCCUCCUUGCCCAGCCCUGCGACCCCCUCCCAUGGCUCUCCCAGCUCCCACGGCCCCCCAGCCACCCACCCUACCUCCCCCACUCCACCUUCGACUGCCGUUGGGACUACCACUGCUACCAACGGGGGCACUUCGAACUGCCUGCAGACGCCACCCUCCACCAGCAGGGGGCGCAAGAUGACUGUUAACGGAGCUCCUUGCCCCCCUUAACUUGAGGAAAGGGACCCUCUCCCUCAGCAGCCA